UCUUAAAAUAGUUUGUUAAAAAGUUACCACCUUUAUCCAAUAAAUAGUUUUACAAACAAGCACUUCAAAUAAGUUUAAUGAAGAUCAAUUAUUAAAUAAUAUAUUAUUAGUGUAAAAAAGCUUUACUUACCAAAAUAAAUAAAAUAACAGAAAAUUCGUAAAAAUACAUAUUAAAAAAAUUAUUUUAAUUAAAUACAACUAGAAGAUCAAUCAAAAUUCAUUAAGAAAUAAUAAAUAAAAAUAAAAUUACUUAAGAAAAAGAAAAAUUUAAACAAAUUAUGUUAAUAAAUAUUGUGCCUUAACAGAAAAAAUUAAAAACCUAAAAUAAGCUUUUGCGUGAGUGUUUCUUGAUCAUAAUAAUUUGUCGUCAUAUCAAACAACGUCGUCGUCACCAAAACGUCCAUAAGUACAACAACAAAAACGUCUUUUCUUUUGUUCCUGUAAUACAAACACAUACAUAGACAACAAUACAACCAUAACGACGACGACGGACGAAGGAAUACGGUUGCGCCAAACAAUGUGCACAAAAAAAUGUUUUCGCAUGCCAACGUUAGUCAUAUUCGGUGUCAUUCUCACAAUCGUCUUAGUCUUCAUUACCGGCAUCACACUAACCAACAGUAUUAAUAUUUCAAAUAUUGUCAAGCUGCGCGAAAAAGUUGCUAGUGAUUCAGCUGCAGCCAAUAGUGUCAAUGCAGCACAAACGAGAGCAGCUUUGGUGGAGCAACAGUAUUCGACAUUGCAACAGCAUCAUUUGUCACGAAGUGAUUUAAAUUAUAUAACAGCUAAUCAUCCAAAAAAUUUACAACGUUUCCUGCAAACGUCUCAAAAUCAACAGCCAUCAGCACAGCCGCCGCCCCUGCAACAUUUACCACCACCAGCUCAACAACCAGCAGUUGGCGCGGCAGCAAAUAGCAACAACAACAACAAUAAUAAUAAUAACAAUAAUAAAAUAAUAAUUGAAAUUGGCAUACGUAAUUUUACAGCUGCAGCUGCUGCCGCUGCUGUGGCAGCACAUCGAGAACAGCAACAACAAUUGCUACAAACAAAUAAUCGUUCCUUGUCUUCAGCAUCAGCAUCAACAUCAGCAUCAUCGACAUCUUCAGCGUUGUCUUCCUUUGAUAGUAAUCAAACAUUAGUGGAAAGAAAUGUGGUUAGUGCGGCUGGUGCAGCCACAAUUGUUGAACAGUUAGUGGCGCCUUUUGAUGGCGCCAUUAUUGAUGGUAAUAUAGAAUCCAUAUCAGUGCCAGCCACUUCGGAAAUUCGGCAACAAUUAAAUGAAACUUUGAAAUAUUUAGCCGAAAAUGACAAAACGGUGACAUCUCUUGAAAAUAAAAAUUCCUUAAUGUUAAAUCGAUUACCUCCGCUGAACCAUAGUAGUACCAUAACAACCACAACAUUAAAACCAUUAAAUUCCAGCUCGAAUGCAACAGUAACUUCAACUCCAUUUUCAAUAUCAUCAAAUUUAACAUUAAAUGCUACGGCAACUUCAUCAUCAUUAGUGGCAACAACUAAAAGCUUUUUAAAUAAUUCCUUAAAUUCUUCAACAACAUCAUCAAAUGUUGCCGUAUCCACUUUGUCAUCGACAACAACAUCAGUUCCAGCAUUACCUGCUGAUACUGACUCAACAGCGACAAGUACCCUAACAACAACAACAACUACACCAAUAACUCCAGCAUUAACGGCUGCUUUAACUACAGCAGCAAAUCAAUUAAGCAUUGAAGAUCAUAAUCCCGGCAUGAUUGAUUUCGAAAAACGUAAUUAUGUUAAAGAGAUGAUGCAACAUGCCUGGCAAAAUUACAAACUUUAUGCCUGGGGCAAAAACGAACUGAGACCGCUGUCCCAACGAGCCCAUAGUAGUAGUAUUUUCGGCUCAAUGGAUCUUGGAGCUACAAUUAUUGAUGGCCUUGACACUCUCUACCUAAUGGGUUUGGAGAAAGAAUAUAAAGAGGGUAGAGAUUGGAUUGAACGUAAAUUCACCUUAGACAAUGUGAGUGCUGAUUUGUCGGUAUUCGAAACGAAUAUACGUUUCAUUGGUGGUCUCCUAACAAUGUAUGCCUUUACGGGUGAUAAUCUUUAUAAGGAGAGAGCCCAACAUGUAGCCGAUAAACUAUUACCUGCCUUUCAGACACCAACUGGUAUACCAUAUGGUUUGGUAAAUCCUAAAACUGGUUUGAGUAAAAAUUACGGUUGGGCUUCCGGUGCAAGUUCUAUACUCUCUGAAUUUGGUACUCUACAUUUAGAAUUUAGUUAUUUAAGUGAUAUUACCGGUAAUCCUUUAUACAAGGAGAGAGUACAAACCAUUAGACAAAUAUUGAAAGAGAUCGAAAAACCCAAAGGUUUAUAUCCCAAUUUUUUGAAUCCUAAAACUGGUAAAUGGGGUCAAUUACACAUGUCCUUGGGUGCUUUGGGUGAUAGUUUCUAUGAAUAUUUACUUAAAGCCUGGCUUCAGUCCGGUCAAACCGAUGAAGAGGCCCGACAAAUGUUUGAUGAAGCCAUGGUUGCCAUUAUUGAUAAAAUGGUACGCACUAGUCCUAAUGGUUUGACUUAUGUUUCCGAUUUGAAAUUCGAUCGUUUGGAACAUAAAAUGGAUCAUUUAGCUUGUUUUUCAGGUGGUCUCUUUGCUUUGGGUGCUAACACCAGACAAAAUGAACACACUGAAAAGUUUAUGAACAUUGGUAAGGGCAUCACGAAUACUUGCCACGAAAGUUAUAUACGAUCAACUACACGUUUAGGACCAGAAGCAUUCCGCUUUAGUGAAGCCGCCGAGGCUCGUGCCUUGAAAUCGAAUGAAAAAUACUACAUUUUAAGACCCGAAACUGUGGAAAGUUACUUUGUGCUCUGGCGUUUGACACACGAUCAAAAGUAUCGUGACUGGGGUUGGGAUGCUGUACAAGCAUUAGAGCAACAUUGUCGUACACCACACGGUUAUUCGGGCAUUAAGAAUGUCUAUCAAGAAGUACCACAAAAGGAUGAUGUACAACAAAGUUUCUUCUUAGCUGAAACUCUUAAGUAUUUGUAUCUAUUAUUCUCUGAUGAUUCACUGAUACCCUUGGAUGAAUGGGUAUUUAAUACUGAGGCUCAUCCUUUGCCCAUUAAAGGGGCAAAUAUUUACUAUCGUCAGGCGACGUCAACAUCAGCCGCAGCUACUAAUGCUUCCUAAAAUUAAAAGGCCAAAUUGUUGUACGCAUUAAAUCUAACUCAGCUGCUAGUUUUAUAUGUAUUUUAAGUUUUUCCAUUAUCUGGCACUAAGUGUGCUGUAAUCUUAACAACAACAACAAGAACAUUAACAAAUUAUGCGUUUAAAUUUUGACUAUUGAAUACAUGGUUAUAAGGACAUGUAUCAACAUUAUUUUCUUUUCCUAUUUUUCGCCCCCUGUUUUUGUUUUACUUUUUCAACCCGUUGAUAUUUUUUUGCUUUCCCCCCCCCCUUUUUUUAAGUUUUUG